UUCCCUCCAAGGCAUGCUAUGGAAUCUUAAAAGUACCUGAAGGGAGCUGGCUGUGUCGCACCUGUGUCCUGGGAAUACAUCCUCAGUGCCUCCUGUGUCCCAAAAGAGGAGGUGCCAUGAAAGCCACCAGGACAGGGACCAAGUGGGCACAUGUGAGCUGUGCUCUCUGGAUUCCAGAGGUUAGUAUUGCUUGCCCAGAAAGGAUGGAGCCAAUCACAAAGGUGUCUCACAUUCCACCAAGUCGAUGGGCUCUAGUGUGUAGUUUAUGCAAACUGAAAACUGGUGCUUGCAUUCAGUGCUCCGUGAAAAGCUGCAUCACUGCCUUUCAUGUCACCUGUGCCUUUGAGCAUAGCUUGGAGAUGAAGACUAUCCUGGAUGAUGGAGAUGAGGUCAAGUUCAAGUCGUAUUGUCUAAAGCACAGCAAGAACAAACAGAACUCGCUGCCUGAUGUGGAGGAGCACCCCAAGAGCGUGUCAGAGCAGAAGCAAACCGAGAGCGAGAAAACGAGUUUGCGAGCCCAAAAGCUCCGAGAGCUGGAAGAAGAGUUUUACUCACUAGUUAAAGUGGAGGAUGUUGCAGCAGAGCUGGGCCUUCCUAAACUUGCUGUAGACUUCAUCUACAAUUACUGGAAAUUAAAGCGAAAAAGUAACUUUAACAAACCAUUGUUUCCUCCCAAGGAGGAUGAAGAAAAUGGCUUGGUGCAGCCAAAGGAAGAUAGCAUUCAUACUCGCAUGAGGAUGUUCAUGCAUUUGAGGCAGGACCUAGAGAGG